AUGGAGGACGUUCUAGUUUUGAUUGUUGGAGCAGGGCCAGCAGGUCUCGCGACAGCGGCAUGUCUUAGUCAACUCUCCAUCCCCUAUGUCAUCGUCGAGCGUGAGAAUUGCAGCGCACCACUAUGGCGUAAACACAUGUAUGACCGUCUCAAGCUACAUCUUGCUAAGGAGUUCUGUGAGUUGCCACACAUGUCUUACCCAUUAGAUACCCCAACAUACAUACCAAAAAGCACUUUUAUCAAGUACUUAGAUGACUACAUUGAGUGUUUCCAAAUCCAGCCGAGGUAUCUCACUGUUGUUGAGUCAUCCACAUAUGACAUAGAUAGGAAAUAUUGGUCUGUUGUAGCACGAGACAUUGAUAAUUGCACAAUAGUCAACUACAUGGCUAAGUUUCUUGUUGUGGCAAGUGGUGAGAAUAGUGCGAAGAAUAUUCCAGCGGUACCUGGACUAGAAAACUUUACGGGUGUGUCCAUACACUCAUCAAGUUACAAGUCAGGUAUCACGUACUCUGGGAGAAACGUGUUGGUCGUCGGAUCUGGCAACUCUGGGAUGGAGAUUGCAUAUGACCUUGCAUCUCAUGGUGCCAAUACUUCUAUAGUUAUACGGAGUCCGGUUCAUGUAAUGACGAAAGAAAUAAUCCGAUUAGGAAUGACACUUGUCCGUCGUCUUCCAAUGAAGAUGGUAGAUGGUCUUGUUGUAAUGAUGGCAAAUUUCAAAUUUGGGGACCUAUCUAGGUACGGAAUCAUGAGACCAAAAAAGGGUCCAUUUGCCCUCAAGUCCGAAAAUGGCCGAUCUGCGGUGAUCGAUGUUGGCACCAUUGAUUUAAUCAAGAAAGGCAAUAUUAAGGUUCAGGGAGAGAUUACUAAGAUCAAAGGAAAAACGAUUGAGUUUCAAGUUGGGAAUGAAGGGUCUUUCGAUGCAAUUGUGUUUGCAACAGGCUACAAAAGCACAGCAAAUAUGUGGCUCAAGAAUGGUGACGACUUGCUGAAUACCGAGGGCUUGCCGAAGAAGGAAUUCCCUGAUCACUGGAAAGGUGAAACCAUGCUCUAUUGUGCUGGGUUUGCGAGGAGGGGAUUGGCUGGUAUUGCCAUGGAUGCCAAGAACAUCGCCAAUGACAUUAAGCACAACAUAGAAUCUAUGUCCGGCUAA